AUGGCAGACCCCCUCUACGAGCUGCUCAUCCCCUACUUUGACGCCCGCGAUGCCGCCCCCGACGCCGCCCCCGACGCCGCCGUCGCCAACGCCUACCUCGCCCGCCUCACCACGCUGCCCUUGGACGCCCUCGGCUCCUCCGAGCAGCAGUCGCUGUCCCAGAGCUCGCAGGCCAUUCUGCGCGCCCUCCAGGCUCUCUCCAAGCGAUCGCACAGGCCCAUCAUAUCCUCGACCGACCACCUGCGGCACCUCGCCCGCACCCUCCCCCACAUAGGCCACCAUGUCGCGACCGUCCACGCCGAGCUGCCCCAACUCGAGACGGCCGCGCAAAACUUCUCGCAAAAGUACGCCAGGGGCGCUGAGAAUGCCAUCCUCGACCGGCGGAGAAAGGCCAUGCUGCUGUCGCGGAACAUGGACCGCGUCGCUGAUGUGCUCGAUCUCCCCACUCUCCUCUCGUCCGCCAUAAGCUCCUCGACAGCUGCCACGCACACGGCCGCCUCGGCCGCCACGGCCAACGCAAGCUAUGCCUCGGCCCUGGAUCUCCACGCCCACAUCAAGCGCCUACACGCCCUGUACCCCAACUCGCCACUCGUGUCCUCGCUCACGAUGCAGGCCGAGCACGAGAUGAAGACCAUGACCACCAACCUCAUCACGUCUCUCCAGACACAGGGAAUCAAGCUGGCCGGUGCCAUGCGCACAAUUGGCUGGCUCCGACGCGUGGCGCCCGAGCUGGACGAAUCAUGGUCUACCAAGCAAGCGGCCAUUGGCAGCGGCGAGGGCACGCUGGGUGCUCUGUUUCUUGUAUGCAGGCUGCUAUGUCUCGAGUCCAUACUCGAGGCCCUCUCCCCGCUGCGCGACCUCGCCGACCAAGAAACCUCGAAGCGCCUAAGCAACCCCGCCAAAGCCCUAGACAGCGGCUGGGCCGCCGGCCAGCAAACAGAAAAGUACUUGAAAAAGUACCUCGAGGUCUUCCGAGAACAGAGUUUUGCAAUAAUAUCCAUGUACAAAAGCAUCUUCCCUUCUGCGCUUCCCGCUCCAGGCUCGGACGACGCUCCGCCUCCCGUAAAGCCAGCUGAUACAUCCAAUCCCCUCCAACCCAUACCCUCUGCUCUCGCCACAUUUCCCCUGCACCUUGUAGAAAUGCUUUUCGACACGCUGCGAACCUAUCUCCCCAACGUGCAAGACCGCUCAGCCCGGGACUCGCUCCUCACACAAGUCCUGUACUGUGCUGGUUCGCUCGGCAGGCUCGGUGCCGACUUUGGCAUGAUGAUUGCGCUGCUAGAAGAGGAUUUGCGCGCAGAACUCCAAGCAGCGGACGGCGAGGACACCACUGAAGAAGACGUCGAAGAAGAAUGGGUCGACGUCAUGAAGAAACACCGUGUCCAAGCCUCCAGGCUGGAGCUGCUGGCUUCGGGUGUAGGCACAGGUAGAACAGCCAGUCCGGCCAGGCCAGUAGCUGCUUGA